CGGAAGUUUGCAUGUGUGAGAGAGCAGUGCAUUGCCCAGAUGACACCCAGAGCGCGGGAAAUUUCAUUCGGCUAGAACCGAGAUUCUGCGAUUUACAAGUAACAGUCUGCCUCCCACGUCAAGGAUUCACUAUCCUUUAAAACGCAAAACCGGUGAAGCCAUGUCUGUGUCAGCAAAGAGCAUUGCAGAGGAGUUAAAGGUCUUUGACGUCAACUUUGAGGAUGAAGAAGUACCCGAGAAAUUGGUGGAGCUCUGUACAGUUCACCGUCUUAAGGAAGAGGAUAUGGUCAAUGAAUGGAUGGCUUUCAGUACCACUCGCAACCUGCCGCUCACAGUUGGCAAUCUUAACCUACUGGAACAUGAGGUUUUGAACAAGAAAAGUGCCAGACCACGUCCUUCCCUGAAAAAAGAGAAACAUUGUGGAAACAGGGAUUUUAAUACUAUUCAAGAGCUAAUUGAAGUGGAGACAGCAGAAGAAAAUCUCUUGGAUUCAUACGCUACACCUGCCAAGGGAUCCCAAAAGCGUAACUUGUCUACUCCAGAACAUCCUCAGUCUAAAAGGAUAUUAUCAAUAAACCGAAGCCCUCAUGUGCUGUUCUCCCCAACCAGCUUUUCCCCCAGUGCCACCCCAUCGCAAAAGUAUGGCUCUCGAACCAACAGAGGAGAAGUGGUGACAACCUACGGCGAGCUACAAGGAACUACAUGGAAUGGUGGUAGUGGAAGUAAUACUAACGUUGAACUGUUCACCUCUCUGGAUGAACCGCUGACAAAAAUGUACAAGUUUAUGUUUCAGAAGUUAAUGGACAUCAGAGAAGUGGUUAGCAUUAAGAUAGAAGAACUUGGUGCAUCUCUGAAGGACCACUUUCAAAUUGAUGAGUUUACCUCUGUAUCUUUACCAGCACAAGAGACCGUGACAGUGCUUGGACAGAUUGGGUGUGACAGCAACGGCAAGUUAAAUUCCAAAUCUGUCAUCCUGGAGGGGGACAGAGAGCACUCUGCAGGCAUGCAGGUUCCAGUUGACUUGUCUGAACUGAAAGAUUAUUCUCUAUUUCCAGGACAGGUGGUAAUUAUGGAGGGCACCAACAGCACUGGCAGGAGAUUUGUUCCUACUAAACUCUAUGAGGGGGUCCCACUUCCCUUUCACCAACCCAGCAAAGAAUUUGAAGAAUGUCCACAGCAGAUGGUUAUCACAGCGUGCGGACCUUUUACCACAUCCGAUACAAUCACCUAUGAUGCCCUCAAGGAUCUUAUUGACAUUGUUAACAGAGACCGUCCAGACAUCUGCAUCCUGCUUGGUCCCUUUUUGGAUGCAAAGCAUGAGCAAAUAGAGAACUUGCAACUGACGGUGACAUUUGAAGACGUGUUUAAGCGUUGUCUGAAAAUGAUUAUCGAAGGCACACGCCCUUCUGGGUGCCAUCUGGUGAUCGUUCCAUCACUCCGAGAUGUUCACCAUGAUCCUGUAUAUCCUCAGCCGCCAUUCAGCUGCUUUGAACCAGCCAAAGAAGACAAAGAGAGGGUCCAUUUUGUUGCAGAUCCCUGCACAUUGUCUGUCAAUGGUGUUGUCAUAGGCAUGACCUCUACAGACUUGCUAUUCCAUAUGGGUGCAGAGGAAAUUAGCAGCUCUGCGGGGGCUCCAGAUCGCUUCAGUCGGAUUCUUAGACACAUUCUGACCCAAAGAAGCUACUAUCCACUGUAUCCACCCAAUGAAGAGAUAAAUAUUGACUAUGAGGCUUUAUACAGCUACACCCCUAUGCCUGUCACUCCAGAUGUUUUUAUCGUCCCAUCUGAGCUUCGCUAUUUUAUCAAGGAUGUCACAGGCUGCAUCUGCAUUAACCCUGGGCGACUCACAAAGGGACUGGUAGGGGGCACAUAUGCACGCUUUCUGGUCAAAAGUGGAGCAAUGGGGUCUGAAGGAAAGAGAUCUACUUGUAUUUCUGCUCAGGUGGUGAGAGUUUAACCAGGGAAACCUGCAAUUAACCUCUGAGGAAUAGAACUGGAAUGAAGACAAUGGACAAAUGGAGCCCAUGUAAUUAACAAGCGCACUGAAAGGAUGCCAGCAGAUACCUAUAUCGCCAUGUUGUAGAUUUUGUAUAAUUUUUACCUGUGCCUCUUUAAACUGAUUCACUAAAAUAUGAUCUCGCGUACAUUCAAUUUUUUGGAUCUGUUCAUGAAGCAAAGGCAGUUUGCCAUCAUCCAUUUCUGCAAGAGACAAGCUUUUUGAUAUACUAUUGAAUAGCCACUCUUAAGAUACAUACAGCACAGGCCCAAAACAUGGAUUUGUAUUAACAUUACUGUGCAUAUUGUUUUGCAAUUAUUAAAAGUUGCAUUUUUUUUAUUUUUAUAUUCGCCCGAGAACUGUCAUUAGCCAUUUUCUAAAUACAGAUCCACCAAGGUCUGUUCACUCUCCAGCACUCAAAUGAGAAAGCAAAUACUUCAAAACAGAGCCACGAUAUGAUGUCCUUUUAUACAUAGUAGUAUGCCUUUUAAAUUUAAGGGCAUGUAAAGGCAAAAAAAUAAAAUCCCAUUUUUACUUUCUUUAAUGAAAAAGAAACCUAUCUCCAAUAUACUUUAAUUAAAAAAUGUGUACCGUUUUUAUAAGAAACCUGACUGUAUGCAGUGAAAUUCUCCCUUCAUUUACUGCUGUGGAUAGGAAUUGUCAGACGGUCCCUAACUGCUGAGCAGGGAAACAAUCAUAGUUAUGAACAGCAGGGGGAGCCCCCACCUUACUUCCCAGCCAUGCAGAAGCUUUGUUUAUGACAAUCCCUAAGCAGCCCAGACCACACUGAGCAUGUGCACAGUCUUAGUCUUGCAAAGAUGUUUAACAAAGUUACAAGAUGGUGAUGCCCUGUAGCCAACUUUGAAAGCAUAAAUUAUUUGUUUGAUUAGGCUUGUGGUGCAGUAAGUUCAUGUUUAUUUUUAGUAUACAAAAUACAGCAUUUGUAGCCUUAUUCUAUUUUAGACUUUACAUGCCCUUUAAAAGGGGUCACACAAUAGCGAAAGAUGGACUGAAAGAAGGUGUUCGAAAGACAAAAGGCAGCAGCCUAAAGCAUUAUAUACAGUAUAUAUAUUUUAUUUGGAGUCAGCAUUUAUAAAACUAAUGCAAAUGGUUCUGGUGAAUUAAAGCUUGAUCUUCAGCAA